AUGGCCUGUACCCUCCACCUGAAAAGUCCCUCCGUUUAUUCUCACGGGGGAUUCUGCACUUUGGUUCAGUACAAGUCUUACAGUCUCAUUACUGUUAUUUCGUUCUGCUCCUACUUCCAAGUACGCCCUCACAGCACACUUCAGUCGCCUCAUACCAGAAACACUAAUUUGUAUUCUCUCCAUCUCUUUCUCUCUUUCUCUCUCUCCGCAGCACAACCCAACGCUCCCAAAAUCCACGAGGGCUGGUGGGCGUACAAGGAAGUGGUCCAGGGCAGCUUCGUUCCAGUUCCGUCAUUUUGGGGGCUCGUGAACUCGGCGUGGAACCUCUGCUCCGCCGGGAAGAGGCAGUCGCCGGUCAACAUCGAGACCAGUCACAUGAUCUUUGACCCUUUCCUCAAGCCCAUCAAGCUCAACACCGGCGGACGCAAGGUGGGCGGGACCAUGUACAACACGGGCCGCCACGUGUCCCUGCGACUGGACAAAGAGCACCUGGUGAACAUCUCAGGAGGACCAAUGACUUACAGCCAUCGUCUGGAGGAGAUAAGGCUACACUUCGGGAGCGAGGACGGACAGGGCUCAGAACACCUGCUCAACGGCCAAGCCUUCUCUGGAGAGGUGCAGCUGAUCCACUACAACCACGAGCUGUACACAAACUACACAGAAGCUGCUAAGAGCCCCAACGGCCUGGUCAUCGUGUCCAUAUUCAUGAAGAUUGCUGAAUCGUCCAACUCUUUCCUCAACCGGAUGCUGAACAGAGACACCAUCACGAGAAUAACGUACAAAAAUGACGCGUACCUGCUGACGGGCCUGAACAUCGAGGAGAUCUACCCCGAGACCCACAGCUUCAUCACGUACGACGGCUCUAUGACCAUACCUCCAUGUUUCGAGACGGCCACCUGGAUCCUCAUGAACAAGCCUGUGUACCUCACUCGCAUGCAGAUGCACUCCCUGCGCUUGUUGAGUCAGAACCAGCCCUCGCAGAUCUUCUUGAGUAUGAGCGACAACGUGAGGCCCGUCCAACCCCUCAACAACCGCUGCAUCCGGACCAACAUCAACUUCAGUGUCCAGGGGAAGGACUGCCCCAACAACAGGGCCCAGAAGCUCCAGUACCGGGUGAACGAGUGGUUGCUGAAGUAGCACCUCGCCGACUUCACCACCCACGCCGACCCGACCAGGAGAAGAUCCGCGAGGGACCUGGCCGCUCCACCGCGCAUCUGCUCACCCAUGAAUUACCAUUGUAUAGAAAAACAAGAAC